GAAGGCGGUCCUCUGAUUAAACUGGCCUGCGCCUGCGCAGAACUGCCCUCCUCCAUUCAGCUCUGCGUUUUUGCUGCCGCCGGGGUUAGACCGAGAAGUUUUCCUCACCUCGGCGCCGCCUGACAGACUGAGCGAGAGCUUGGCCGGCCGCCGAGGCAAGGCGAGGCUUGAGAGCGUGAGGGGAAGGCCGGGGAGGGACUCCAUGAGCAGCGCCUUCCUCUCCUCAGGGCAGCGCCGCCCUUCGCCUCCCCAGCCCCGGUAGCGCGGGAUGGCAUGUCGUCGCCGUCGACGUGGCUGAGCUGCCGCUUGGCGCUGCGCUUUGGCUCGGGCUGGCCGGGGGGCUUCUGCACCUCUCUGGCUUCCCGCCUCAGCCUCCAGCCACCGCAACAACCGCGGUGGCCUCUCAGUAGCUGCUGCUGCCGCCUCCUGCGGAGCCGCCGCUGUCUGAGCACCUUCCGACGCGGCACCAGCCCCGAAGAAGGACUGUGGCUGCCGCUUUCCUCCGUGCCGACGCCGACCUCCUCGGGCUUCGUCAGGUCGCUGGGCACCCACCCGAAGAAAGAGCCCAUGGAGGCGCUCAACACGGCGCAAGGAGCCCGAGACUUCAUCUACAGCCUUCACUCCACCGAGCGGAGCUGCCUGCUGAGGGAGCUCCACCGCUUCGAGGCCAUCGCCAUCGCCCAAGAGAAGUUGGAGGUUGAGCCACCAUCCACUGGACAGCUGAAACACGUGUUCUUCCACAAUGCAAUACCUUUUGUAGGCUUUGGAUUUUUUGAUAAUGCAAUUAUGAUUGCUGCGGGCACACAGAUAGAACUGUCAAUAGGAAUUGUACUUGGAAUUUCUACUAUGGCGGCUGCUGCCUUGGGAAAUCUUGUCUCGGAUUUAGCUGGAUUGGGACUUGCAGGUUAUGUUGAAGCGAUGGCCUCCAGGUUGGGCCUCCCCAUUCCUGAUCUAACACCCAAACAAGCUGACAUGUGGCAAACACGUGUCAGUGCACACUUGGGUAAGGCUAUUGGAGUGACCAUUGGCUGCCUUUUAGGAAUGUUUCCAUUGUUCUUCUUUGGAGAUGAAGAAGAAAAAAAACGGGAAGGAAAAAAAUAACCUUUUUACAAUGUUUAAAGUACAUAUAAACUAAUGUACCUCAGUUAUACAACUAUGCUGUCAAAAUACUGAGCAUUAUGCAGACAGUAACAAUGUAUAGAAUGGGGAACAAAACAGCAUGCCGUUUUAUGGAAACACUAACUUAUUGUGGCUUUGUCCUAGUACAUAUUUUAUAAGGGUUUUUCCUUUUUAAAAUUAAAUUGUUGAUGUGUGUGUUUCGCUUACACUGGCAGUUGAUGUUUACCAUUCUUCCCCCCCUGCCCGUCUCUCCUCCUUUUGCCUCUAUCUUUUACAAGGAUUAUUUCUUUAACUGCUUGCCAUCAAUGUACUGUAUGGAUUUUGGGUUUGUAUAUUUACUUAGCGUUUGUAAACGCAUGGCACAAGUUGCCGUUGCUGCUCAUCAGACCCUCCAUUCUGGACAUUCAGUGAAGCUGGGUGACAGAUGGCUUUAGGAGAUAUAAUGUCUUGGCUCUCUUGCUGCUUUUAUUUAUCAUUUACACUAUACAAUCGAAUAACAAGACCUGUUUGAACAAAGCAUCAUUUGAACUAGGAUUUGGAUAUCUGCUGAAAUAUGAGGCAAUUACAUUGACAGUGAAAUCAGUUAAAGGAAGAUCACAGUUUCAAGUUCUGCCUAUAUCUCAAAUCUCCAUAGAUGUUGCUUGGAAUACAUCCCUCAUCAAAUUGGCAGCUGAGAUCAGGGGAGGCCUAAAAGUUGGAAUCUUACGUAUGUGCAACACAGGCUACAAUUAGGAAAUGAGGGUUUGCCCAGUGGUUGGUUUUAGGAAGCUGUGCAAAACAUCUUGCCUCUAUGAUAGUUAACGGUAGUCUCUUUACUUGGCUUUCUAGUGUUGAUGAGCACUAUCACCCAGUUUGCAACAGUGCUGAAACAGUAUUUUUGAAAAUCGGGCUUCAGUUGGUGUGCAUGUGUUGCCCUCCUUCCAUGCCUCUUCAAAAAAGAAAUAAACAUAACUUCCAUCUAUUGAAUUUCAUUCCUAAAUUCUAGGCAUCUGGGAAAACCACAACAGGUUAGAGGUUCUGUUGUUUGCGGAAGAGAGUGUAUUUGUACAUUUUAUGCACUUGUUGAGAUGGACGGAGAAAAAGCAGCGUAUGGUGCACUGUGAGAGGGAGGGAGUGGGGUUUAGGUGGGAAUUUAGAAUUAGUGUAAAGGUAAGAUUAAGCCUUGAAAAGAUGUAGCUCUUCAAAAGUGUGUUGCCUUCAGUGAGAAACAGACUUAACUGUGCCACUUCUGGAUGUCUCCUGAAUUAGAAAGCAAUUUUAGUGUCCUUGUCUCUUUGAAUACUAACUGGGGCAAAAUGUUAGACUGGAUGUGUCUUGGAAUGCCUUUUGAAUGUCUAGACUUGGGCUAGAUGAGUGGAUCUUAUGUGCAAAAUGUAACUUAAAAUAAAUAAACUUGAACAUUCAGCUUCUUUGAAUGUCCACGAGUUCUAGUAUUAUGAGAGAGGGAGAAGAACUUUUCUCUAUCCACUUUCUCAAUGCCAUGCAUAAUUUUAUACACUUCUAUCAUGUCUCCUCUGACCCGCCUUUUCUCUAAACCAGCCUUUGGGUCCCCAGAUGUUGCUGGACAAUAAUGACAAUCGUUCCUGUCUAUUGGCCAUGCUGGCUGGGGGUGAUGGGAGUUGUAGUUCAGCAACAUUUGGGGACCCAAAGGUUGGGAAAGGUUGCUCUAAACUAAAAAGCCAAAAAUGCUUCAACCUUUCCUCACAGAGGAAGCCCAAGCCUGAAUCUGGAUUUAAAUGGGUUAGAUAGCUACUUUAACCUGACAGUGUCUGGAGUUGUACAGCUGUCACUCACACAAGUACAUUGCCCAAGGAGGUGAGAUUUGCAAUUGGCUAGUAGUUGUUAUAAUUGUCUGGGCUCAAGGCAGGCUUUUCAAAGAGUAGGCAGACCACCUCCUCUGCCAGGAGACUGCCAGGACUACUCCUCUCUUGUAGCAAGGCAUUAAUUACUCAUUGAACUCAGCUGAUCAACCCUGGGGCUGGGACAAAGGUUGAGUGGGCAUCUGGAAGGGCGUACCUCACCAAGCAUCUAGUCCACAUCAGGCUGGAACAAGUGAGAAAAGAUGCCAGCAAAAUGUUUAGCAAACAAGUCAGAAAAAGACUGAUGAGAAUUGUCUAGACUCCCUGGAGAACUCUGUGUACCAAACAGAUUUUGCACCACCUGAAACAGUUCCUCUAAACUAGCCUUCAGAUGCUUCUUACAACUCCCAUCUUCCCUGACCAUUAGCCAUGCUGGCUGAACUGUAAUCUAAAACACCCAGAGAGCACCAGUGUGGGGAAGGCUGCUCUAGACAACACUUCACCAACAUGACGGUGAUGGAUAAAUAUUUUCUUUGCUAUCACCACUACUGCCACAAAGUAGGGUAUACUAUGGGCUCCAUCCUGAGGAGUGUCUCAUUCAGCUUGUUUUUCUCCACUUGUAUUCUGGUCAUCUGUUCUGGCUCGUCUGCACUGGCUUCCUAUUUGUUUCAGGGCUAAAUUCAAAGUGCUGGUUUUGACCUAUAAAGCCUAACACGGCAUGGGACCGCAAUACCUGGUGGAGCGCCUCUCCCAAUAUGAAACUACCCAUACACUGCGCUCAACAUCUAAGACCCUCCUCCGAGUACCAUCCCAUCGAGAAGCUCGGAGGGUGGUGACUAGAAAUAGGGCCUCUUCGGUUGUGGCUCCUGAACUAUGGAAUGGUCUCUCCAAUGAGGUGCGCCUGGCGCCGACGCUGCUAUCUUUUCGGCGCCAGGUGAAAACCUUUUUAUAUUCCCAGGCAUUUUAAUGCGUAUUAUUUUAUGUAUUGUUGUAUUUUGCUACUGUUUGAUUAUUUUUGUUUACCUUUGUUGGUUUGAUUCUAUUGUUUUAUUGUAUUUAUAUAUUCCUGAUUGCUUUAUUUUAUGUACACC